AUGGAAAUGAGUGAACUAGCGGUAGAGCACUUCAAAGAGAUUCUAGGUCCGUCAAACUACUUGAGACCUGCUAUCUGGUCCCCUCACUCCUGGUUUGCGGAUCUCAUUCAGUUCAGAUGUUCCCUGCAACAAUCCCAGCUAAUGUUAUCAGUACCAAGUGCUGAUGCAAUACGAGCAAUGUUCUUCAAGCUAAACCCAAAUAAAGCUCCUGGGCCUGACGGAUUAACCUCUGGUUUCUACAAAGCAAGUUGGGAAACUAUAGGGCGAGAGUUGGUGGCUGCAACACAACUUUUUUUCCAUUCUGGGUUCCUUCCUACCACAACUAAUGCCACCAUUCUUUCCCUCAUACCAAAGUUUCCGGGUGCUACAAAAGUUUCAGAUUACAGGCCAAUUGCUUGUCUAAACACAGUUUAUAAGGUGAUUUCAAGGAUGUUGGUUGCGAGAUUAAAGCCUAUCCUGCAAGACCUAAUUCUACCUUGCCAAACGGCGUUUGUGAAAGAUCGCUUGCUAGUGGAAAAUACUGUUUUAGCUGGGGAGUUAGUUCAUGGCUAUCAUAAGAACAAAGGAAUUCCGAGAAUUACCAUCAAAGUAGACAUCGCCAAGGCUUUCGACACUCUCUCCUGGGAAUUCCUCUUCACUUGUCUUGAAACUCUACACCUGCCUCCUCAUUUCAUCACCUUGCUCAGGGCUUGUGUCUGCAAAACAAGUUUCAUGGUUGGUUACAAUGGAACGGUCAACGGUUAUUUUAAAGGCAAAAGAGGCCUGAGACAGGGAGACCCUCUUUCUCCCUAUCUUUUUGUAAUCGCCAUGAACUGCCUCUCUUUUAUGCUAAACUCUGCAGCUGCUCAGGAAAAAAUCAAAUACCAUGUUAACUGUAAGAAGAUGAAGCUGACGCACCUAUCAUUUGCUGAUGAUCUCCUCAUUUUCAUAGACGGCUCGAUCGAAUCUGUCCAACAGGUGCUGCAUGUUCUUAAAGAGUUUGAGCAAAGGUUCGGGCUCGCAAUAAGUAUGCAGAAAUCGAGCUUCUUUGCCUCAGGGCUCCCUGACCAAGUCAUUGACACAAUCCAAGCUUCUACUGGUAUGAUCUGCGGAGAGCUCCCGAUUCGCUACCUAGGGGUGCCUUUGAAUUCCAGAAAGUCUGGCUCGAUCUGGGUUGCAUGGUUUAUAGAGGUAAUCCUUAAAGGCUCAAUACACAACUAUUGGACAACCAAACCGAAGGCUUCCUUCUCCUGGCUCGCAAACAAGUUGCUCAAGCUCAAAGAUGUAGUCUUCCCGCUCAUCAAGCUUCGACUAGAGAAUGGUAUGUCGGCACGGUUCUGGUUUGAUAAUUGGUCGCCUUUUGGAAGCAUUGCUACCUAUCUCAACUUGACUGGCUCAAGACUUGGUAUCCCACUAUCUGCAACGGUAGCUUCUCUCUAUAGGAACGGUAACUGGUGUCUCCCACCUGCAAGAUCAGAGCAACAAACCCAACUUCAGAUUCACUUGACGACUGUCAAUUUAACUUCAGAUAAAGACUACUUCGAAUGGGAAAUUGAUAGUAGGGUCACCACCACCUUCUCAACUGGUGAUGUCUAUACCUAUCUUAGAGGAACAGUGAAUGAGGUUGACUGGGCUACUGUGGUUUGGAACUCUUAUGGGAUCCCUCGUCACAACUUCCACACAUGGCUAAUGAUUUUGGAUAGGUGCCCGACGAGAGACCGCUUGCUUCGUUGGGGAAUCUCAGUUUCACAUCUCUACUUGCUGUGUAACAAUGCUUCUGAGAGCCGUGAUCACAUCUAUUUCGACUGUAACUUCUCCUUCGACUUAUGGGCAAUAAGCGCGAGGAGAUGUGGGCUCACUCCAAACCGUUCCUGGUCAGACACCAUCACGCAACUGAAAAGCCUCCCAAUGGACCGUUCAUCGAGACCUCAUAGACUUCUUGUCCUCCUAGCUUGGCAAUCUACGAUUUAUUGGGUCUGGAAUGAGAGAAACGCACGAUUGCACUCUAACACCUAUCGCUCCAUCGACUCUCUCUUCAAAACUAUUGAUCUUCAGAUUAGAAACAGAACUCAGAGUUUCCGGGUGACUAACCCAAGACUGUCUUCCCAACUACUACAGUCCUGGAUCCGACUUGCAUGA